AUGGCCCAAGUUGCCUUGCGGAAAACUGCAGAUGAAGGAGCAUCAAAGAACCCGAGAGCAGAUAAAGUUAUAAAGGACAAUUCUUACAUCGACGAUAUUCUGGAUUCAGUUGCUACAAAUGAAGAAGCAAUCGGGUUGACUAAAACAAUUGACAGCAUCCUUGAUAGUGGCGGGUUUCAUGUGAAGGGAUGGCAAUCAAACCGAGAGUUGAACAGGAAAGACGACCAAGAAGAUGGUAAUGAAGUUGAUGUUGCUCAUGGAAAACAAGAGUCAAAAGUGCUCGGCCUGGCCUGGAACAAGAAGGAGGAUGUGCUUAAGUAUAAAGAACUGUGGCAGCAAGGACUCGACUGGGACCAUGAACUAUUGCAAAGUGAUCAAACAAAAUGGUUGACGUACUUUAAAGAGAUGGAUCAGUUGAACGAAAUAUCGUUAAAAAGAUGUCUAUGUCCCGUUGUAAUGAUUGAGCCACCGAUCUUGUGUGCCUUUGCCGACGCAUCGCGAAAAGCAUUUGGAACAUGUGCAUACUUGAGAAGUAUAGGACCUACUGGAGUGGUGAACGUGCGGUUUGUUGCAGCAAAGUCACGAGUCGCCCCAUUGAAAGAGCUAACAAUACCCAGAUUAGAACUACAAGCAGCCGUGUUAGCCAGCCGUUUAUGCAAGACCAUCCAAAAUGAGCUCCUUAUACCACUAAAAGAGAGUGUCUUGUUUACCGACAGCGCAAUUGUUCUUGCGUGGAUCCGCAGCCAGGGAAGACGACCCAAACCAUUUGUUUCAAGUCGAAUCGGGGAAAUAGAAAGCAACGUCCAACCUGCUCAAUGGAGACACAUCCCAACGGAUCAGAACGUGGCAGAUGGUGUAUCCCGUGGUCUCCGUGUUGUUGAGCUGUCGGAUAUAUGGAAAAACGGUCCUGAAUUCCUGUAUUUGCCAAAGGAAGAAUGGCCGGUCGAAAACGCAAAACCCGAUGCAAAAGAAGUUGAAAGGGAAUGUAGACGUUCAAAAUAUGUAGGUGCAGUGACAACGUCAGUAAACUUAAUUGACAGUGAAAGGUUUUCAAGUUUGAGAAAGCUCGUACGAGUUACUGCUUGGGUUUUGAGAGCUAAGUCAACAUUAUUAGCAAAGGUACGGUCGACAGCGAAGGACACAGCAAGAGGAGAUUGCUUAACACCGGCAGAACUCGAAAGAAGUAGGACAUUCUGGAUUAAAAGAGCUCAAAAAAAGAUUCGUGCACAAGUGAAAUCUGAAGAAUUAAGAUCUCUGAGUCCUUUUACAGAUGAAGAAGGCACUGUCAGAGUUGGCGGAAGAAUUGAUAAUUCAUUAGUCUCUUACGAAACCAAGCAUCCUGCUCUCCUGCCCUAUAAUCACCAAAUCUCCAAAUUGAUAGUGGAAGAGUUUCACAAAAGAGGUCACCACGGGGUAGCAACUACGGUAGCAAAAAUCAGAAGAAUGUAUUGGAUCAUUCGAGCACACAAUUUAGCAAAGAGCAUCAAGGCAAACAUGCGACUACUUUGGACCACUGACGGUCAAAGUGGGAAGAAACAAGAGAACGUAAAACGUAAUCGUAAGGCACGAUACGAUUACGAUUACGGUAAGGAACGUAAAACAAAACGUAAAUCACAGAUAAUGGCCAACUUACCACCACAGCGACUCCAACCCCAUUCCCCACCGUUUCACUACACAGCAUGCGACUACUUUGGACCACUGACGGUCAAAGCACGUAAUCGUUACGUGCCUAAAGACUCGAGCAGUCCACCUAGAAAUCGCCACCGAUUGUUCAGCGAUGGAAUUUAUCCAGUCUCUGCGAAGAUUCUUCUCAAUUCGGAGAUACCCAUCAGAAAUCUUGAGUGA